AUGCCUAUCUCACAGGAAUCGUUGGAACAGAGACUAGUAGAAUGUUUCCCCAUGGCGAUUGAGAGGAAAGUGCUCGAUAUCUCUGGAGGGUGUGGCCAGUCUUAUGAGGUGUUGAUUGUUUCCCCAGAAUUUGCCGGUAAGACUACACUGGCCAAACACCGAUUGGUAAACGAGCGGCUUAGGGAUGAGAUCAGUGAGUUGCAUGCCUUCAGUCAGAAAACUUUUACCCCAGAGCAAUACGCGAAUGUGAAAGACAAUCAAAAGUAA